AUCGUACAUCCCGUUUGCUUUUUCGAUACAGCAAGCCUUGCCGAGUGGCAAGCAGUAUUUUGCAGACGCUGUGCACUGCUCCUUCCUUUCUUGGCUUCACGUGGAAGUAGUGCGCCUCGACAUGUAACCGCUACCCUCGUGUAGUUGUGCUGAUCGACAGUACCUCUACCUCCUACUACUCAUGCCUACCUACUUUUCUAUCAUCUAGCACGGACUUUGUGGGCUGGACCCGAUCCUGGCUGACCAGUGGCACGCCCCCAGCAACAACGCAUUCAUGGCGUGGAGCGCCACAACGUCAAGCAAGUUGAAGCAUCAAGCCCCAUUUGAGCUUAUUCUAGUGCCUGAUGAGAUCUGCACAACAACGCGAACGACCCAAUCAUAACCAGGCAGCUUCAGUGAUUUUGCCACCGCCCAUAUCUUUUCGAGGAAGGUCACAGGCCGCUGGAGGCGUACAGAGUGGCACAUUCGUCUGCAUGGAUGGCAUGAUUUAUUUCACCGAAGCUGGCAGGCAACUGUGGUUCAGCACAUCGAGCCUGGCAGCAUAUCGAGUCUGGCCUGGCGGAUUUGAGUAAACUUCCAGCGCCCGCGAAGUCACGCGGGCCACCAGAGUGGUCUGCCCCCGACGGGCGAAACAGCAAGAAACGCCACCUUUUCGCCAACGCCGAGGCUUGGAGGAAGCUUUGGGAUAUUUGGAGAGGCUUAAUUUUAAGACUAACGACGAUCUUUCCUGAUUGACAUCGCCAUGUGGGUCUUUCCCAGUUACUUUUGGGACCACUGUAGCACCCUAGCUGCUGCCGGCUUAGCAGUGAUCAGUUCAUCACCCCACAAUUGGUCACGGCUCGUACAGAAUUCUGGAAAUCGGCCUCGCUCCUCAUCGCCUUGGCUGGUUCGUUUUUCGCGCUCGACCAAUCAAAAGGCUCACAAUGCAAAUGAAUACUGCCCAGCAUGACCUCACGUCCCCGUGCUGCAGCACUGAACGGCCAUCAUCUGCCAUUACUCCUGCUACCACCUCCUCUCCUCCUGUGUUUGUGGUUCGCAGUCACGCGCCGCUGAACUCAGAGGCUCCACUAUGGGGAAAUCCAGGGUUUGUGUGGAGGUGCCUCGGAGGAUCAACAUCUUCGACGACGAGUAUAAGAGAUGCGGAUGAUCCAUACUGCAACUGUUGCUCUUCAUCUUCAUCCUCAACCUCCCUCACAUCGCAGUCUUCUCACCCCAAGGACACCGAUCAUCAUGAAGAGCAUCAUUGCCGCGUCGCUCAUCACGAGCGCAUAUGCUUUCCCCUUUGUCAUGGACGUUUCUGGCGUCGAUAGCUCUGCCAUUCACGCCGAGCGACGACGAAUUCGGCGACAACAAGUCGGCACUGGCGGUGGUGCGGAGGCUACAUGUCCAUUCAACGCCAACCACGUUCCUGCCGCUCCGGUCACUUCGCAGUACCCUUACAACAAUGCAAAGGACGGGAAGCCAGGUAACGGCAAGGGUGGAUACCAAGUCCCAGCCCCAGGCGAUACAGCCCACGCUUUCGUUGCACCCAAUCCAAAGACCGACAUUCGAGGCCCUUGCCCGGGCUUGAACGUCGCUGCCAACCACAACUUCAUUUCGCACGAUGGUGUCGUCACAUUUAACGAGCUCGUCGACGCCCAACAGAACAUCUACAAUGUUGGCUACGAUCUGGCGAAUCUCCUCGCUCUUCUUGGUCUCACCUUGACCGACGGUGACCUUGUUACCGAGAAGCUCUCCAUCGGUUGUGAUGCCACGUCACGAACAUCGAUCUCACCGAUACUCACGGGCAGCGAGCCUGGUCUCGCCGGCCACAACAAGUUCGAGGCCGAUUCAUCGCUCACCCGAAACGACUACUUCACCAGCAACGGUAACAACUACCAGUUCAAUGGCACACUCUUCCAGCAGAUGACCGAAACCACUGGUGGUUUGUACAACCUGGAGAACCUGGCCAAGUACCGCUACGAUCGCUGGCACGCGUCUCAGGCAGAGAACCCCAACUUCUACUUUGGUCCUCUCAGCUUGCUGCUGUUUGGUGCUGCUUCGUUCUUGUACGAGCUCAUGCCAUCUGGCACCAACAACUACACGCCAGACUAUGCCACUAUCUCCUCUUUCUUCGGUGCUCAGAAGAACAGCGAUGGCACUUACUCAUUCAACAACGCCGAGCAGCUCCCUGCUGAUUGGACGAACCGUGUCGAUCCAUACGACAACGGCAAGGUUACGGAGCAGAUUCUCUCAAUGUACCUGCUCCACCCCGUGCAAUUCGGCGGCAACACCGCCGACGGAAAGUUCGAUGUCAUCACAUUCGGAGCGAUCCAGAACGGAACCAUCUCACCAGGUCUCGAUGCCAGAACCACUUCUUGUCUGCUCUACCAGCUCGCCACGCAAUCCGUCCCGUCAUACCUCAAUGGCCUCAUCACUCCUACCACUGAAGCCCUCUCUUUCGCGCUCACCAAACUUUCUGGCACGAACUUUGCCAAUCUGGGCUGCCCAACACCACUUACAAAGUAGACGGAAGAAAUAGAUGUGUUAAAGAAGUUAGCGCGCAUUGAUUGCAGAACUUAGCGAGGGGAAGAGACCCCAAUUGUAUAUACACAUGACCUUUAUGAGCUGCUGUUCAGCGCUAGAAUUAUACAGAGUAACGAC